AUGAUAAGUGACUGUCAUGGAGAUUUUAGACAAUAUUACCUGGUUUUUGCAUCCAUUCUCAAGUCAUGUGCUGGACUAUCAGCUAUAAAAUGGGGGAGAGCUCUUCACGGAAGUAUUGUUAGAAAAGGUCAUGUUUCUUGCCAUGCCGUGUCCAAGGCUUUGCUUAAUAUGUAUGCUAAAUGUGGAGCUCUUAAUGAAAGCAAGAAACUUUUUGGUGAAAUCGGUAGUUGUAAUGAUCAUGAUCCCGUUUUUUGGAACAUUCUCUUAUCUGGGUUUGCUGGGUCCAGAGUUUAUGACGCUGAGACUUUGAGGUUGUUCAGGGAAAUGCAUGGUGCUAAUAGUCCGAAGCCUAGUUCUGUUACUGUUGCUACUCUGCUUCCUGUUUGUGCUCGCUUAGGGGAUUUAUAUAUGGGUAGGAGUGUGCAUUGUUAUGCUAUUAAGUCUGGAUUGGAUACACAUACACUUGCUGGGAAUGCAUUGGUGUCAAUGUAUGCAAAAUGUGGACUAGUGUGCCAUGAUGCUUAUGCUGCUUUUGAUACUAUUGAUGAAAAAGAUGUUGUUUCAUGGAAUGCGAUUAUUGGAGGGUUUGCCGAGAAUAAUUUGAUGGGUGAUGCAUUUAGGUUGUUUAGUUCGAUGCUGAAAGGUCAAAUAAAGCCAAAUUAUACAACCUUAGCUAAUAUUCUGCCUGUGUGUUCAUCUUUUGACGAGAAUAUUGCUUACUGGUUUGGGAAAGAGAUUCACGCUUAUGUGCUGCGGGAUACUGAGUUGUUAGCAGAUGUUUUUGUCUGGAAUGCUUUGGUAAGUUUCUAUUUAAGAGUUGGACAGGUAGAAGAAGCAGAAUUGCUGUUUCAAAGGAUGGAAUUGAGAGAUUUGGUUUCAUGGAAUGCUAUUAUUGCAGGAUAUGCAUCAAAUGGCAAAUGGUCAAAAGCUUUGGAAUCGUUUCACGAAUUACUUGCUCAAGAUACGAUUGAGCCAGAUUCUGUCACCCUUCUCAGCAUUAUUCCUGCCUGUGCACAGUCUUCAAACUUGCAGGUUGGUAAAACGAUUCAUGGCUAUGUCCUUCGGCAUCCUUUCUUAUGUGAGAAUACAUCUGUUGGGAAUGCUCUAGUUAGUUUUUAUGCAAAGUGUGAUGACAUAGAAGGAGCAUACCAGACGUUUUUGAUGAUUUCUUGGAGGGACCUGAUAUCAUGGAAUUCUAUGCUUGAUGCCCUUGCUGAAGGUGGGUUUAAUACCUGGUUUCUGGAAUUAUUAUGGUGGAUGCUUAGUGCAGGAACUAGACCUGACUCUGUUACCAUCUUAAGUGUAGUUCACUUUUGUGCUAAUGUUUUGAAAGCAGACAAGGUUAAGGAGGCCCAUAGCUACUCAAUUAGGCAUGGUCUUUUAACAUCAGAAUUUGAUGUUGAACCUUCCAUUGGAAAUGCAAUACUUGAUGCAUAUGCUAAAUGUGGUAUUAUUGAGUACGCAUCUAAAGUUUUCCAGAGUUUGUCAGAGAACAGGAAUUUGGUCACUUUCAAAGCAAUGAUCUCAGGUUAUAUAAAUUGCGGGUUACAUGAUGAAGCACAUAUGAUUUUUAACAGGAUACCUUCCGCAGAUCUCUCUGCUUGGAAUCUAAUGGUUAGAUUAUAUGCUGAAAAUGAUUGUUCUAGUCAUGCUCUUGGUCUUUUCCAUGAGCUACAAGCUCGAGGAAUGAAACCCAAUGCAGUGACUAUCAUGAGCCUCCUUCCAACAUGUGCUGAAAUGGCUUCUGUGCACUUGAUGAAGCAGUGCCACGGAUAUGCCAUCAGGUCUUGUUUUGGUGAUCUCUACUUGGAGGGAGCUUUGCUAGAUGUAUAUGCAAAAUGUGGCCGCAUAGACUAUGCUUUUAAGCUUUUUCAAUUAAUUCCAAAUAAGGAUCUGGUUAUAUUCACUGCCAUGAUUAGAGGGUAUGCCAUGCAUGGCAUCGGCAAGGAAGCUCUUGGGACUUUCUUUGAUAUGCUUGAAUUGGGUGUAAAGCCAGAUCAUGUUAUCAUCACCACUGUUUUAUCUGCUUGCAGUCAUGCUGGCCUUGUAGAUGAAGGAUUAAAUAUCUUUUAUUCUAUAGAGAAGGUCCAUGGAAUGAAACCAACCAUGGAACAAUACUCUUGUGUGGUGGAUCUCCUUGCUCGGAGAGGUCGAAUUUACGAUGCAUUUUCUCUGGUGACUGGAAUGCCCAUUGAAGCUAAUGCAAAUAUAUGGGGGACGCUGUUAGGUGCCUGUAGGAUCCAUCAUGAAGUGGAAUUGGGCCGUUUUGUAGCAGACUGUUUAUUUCAAAUUGAAGCAGAGAAUAUUGGGAACUAUGUAGUUUUGUCAAACCUGUAUGCAGCAGAUGCUAGAUGGGAUGGAGUCAUGGAAAUAAGGAAACUGAUGAGGAUGAGAGAUCUUAAAAAGCCAGCGGGAUGCAGUUGGAUUGAAGUCGAGAGGAGAAAAAAUGUCUUUGUGGCUGGAGAUACUUCUCACCCUCAUAGAAAUAAUAUUUACAGUAUACUAACGACCUUGAAUCACCAAAUCAAACAGCCAUUUCAAUUAAAUCAACUGUUAGAAUUACAGCUUUCUGAGUGUUACAAGUAA